AUUUUAGCGGCACGUCAGCCUUACAAGUAAAACUUUCGUUUGACUUAAAUACACACAAAAAGACUAUCAAUGUUUUUUAUGGAUUUCACAGAGUUAUAAUAAAAAUAACAAUAUUAUUCUCACUAGCUUCAGUUAGAUACACCUUUACAAUGUCUUGCAGGUCUUUAAUGGCUUGGCUAAAGCAUUAAACUGCAAUAGGCCAGUGUCAGUGUAAAUAAAUAAAGCUCUAACAAAUUCUUAAUAAUAUUAUAAAUAAUUUUAUAGUAAGAUUAAAACUUUGUGUCGUAAACGCUGAGACCCCAAGUCUAAGACAUUUCCGUUAUUUUUCGUUUUGCUAAUAUUUGACCAAACCCGGAAGUAUUGAUAGUAUUCAUCUAAACUAUUCCAAUCAUCUUUGUGUUUGACGUGCUGCCUGCUCUUCCACAGGGCGCAUGUGCCAUGAGCUGCAUUGUACAGUACAAGCACAUUAAGUGUGACGCACAGUGACGUCAGUAUCAAGUCUGCAAGCUAUGGAAUGCAUCAAAUCUAAAAACAAAUGAGCCAUGCGGUAUGUGACUGUUUGAGGGUGACGUUCAGGAGGAAAGGAGGAGGAGGACGAUUUCCCCUCUUCAGCCCCUCUGGAUUCCAGUCAGGACCUCAGAGCAGCAGAAGCAGAGACGGGAAGAAGAUGAAGAAUCUGGUGGGGUUUUUGUUCUGCCUGGUCCUGCUGACCACCUACACUGAUGCCAACCCUAUCAUCAAGGAGAGUUUGGCUAAGCAGCUGCUCCGCAGCAAGAGGCAGAAGCCGGGCCACCCUGAUGAGCCAAUGAGGGAGCAUCUGCUCCACAUGCAGGCUUUAGAUCAGAGGGCCCAGGAGACCAACCUCGAGCACUGGCUCAACCCCCACUGCUACCCUCGCUGUGACAGGAACUACGGAUACCCCGUCUAGAGCUGCAAAGGGUCAAGAAUGACAUUAUGGACUCAUAACAUGGACCAGCGACACUCUCUUUGUCUCUUUGACUGUCUUGCUUGCUUGCUUCCUCUAGCUUCUACAUUUAUUUUCUAAAGAUAUAAAAAUUCCAAAAGUAAUGAACGCCUAUCUGCCUUAUUAUCAUCAUGAUCAUAUUAUUAUUAUAAUUAUUAUUACAGAUCUUGCGUUUGUUUUUGUGUUGUUUUGUGUUUCAUCGAAGUCACCGUUCAGAAGACAAAUGACGAAGACCGUGUUUUCAAGUAAUAAUAUAAAUAAUAGUAAUAAUAAUAAUUUUAAAAAGAUAAUUAAGAAAGGUUAGAUCUAAGAAAAGUUAGAUCAAUGACUCGUCGUCCUGGUUUUUAUGAAGUAUGAAAAAAGUUCCCCAGCUCUAUGUGGAAAUAAACAACAAAUUAACACACUUGUUUUCUUUUAAUGUGAGAAAGGAAUAAAAUGAAAAAUAUUAAGCACA